AUUGAAUAGCAUUGUGACAUAUCAAAAUUAUAAAAUCAAAUAGUGAGUACUACAGCAAUAUGUAUUUUUAAAAAUUCUAUUAAUUGGAAAAUUAAUAAGACAAGUACGAAAUGCUGUAUUCAGGAUGAAGUCUGUUUUCCCUAAGUUUUUGGAACUUUUAAAGUUGUAUGUAACAAAUACCUGUAAGAAAAGAAAAGAAAGAUCUGUCAAAGGAUCACAAAUAUUUGAAACAUCUUCAAUAGAGACUUGCAGAAAAGUACUAUGCAUUCAACAUCUCUUGGCUAAAAGGAAUCAGUCAUCAGUGUCUCACAGAGAUUCAGAUAAGCCUUUACACAUAGAUACAGAAAUCGAUAUCACACUAUCAAAAUCGUCCAAAUUAAAAGAAAAUGCAGUUAAUAUCAUUAAAAGUGGCGCUAAUAUCAAAUUCGGUACAUUAUUCACUGAUCAUAUGCUUAGGAUAUCUUACGAUAAACACGCCGGUGGUUGGCAAAAACCUUACAUCACCCCAAUGGAACAUCUCAGCUUUCACCCAGCUGCCAAAGUCCUUCAUUAUGCAACUGAAGUGUUUGAAGGAAUGAAAGCGUAUAGAUCAGUUCGGGGUCACAUGAACUUAUUUCGACCCGACCUCAACCUUGACCGGUUUAAUUCUUCUGCAAAACGGGCCGGACUACCACAAAUUGACAAAGACAUUCUGUUAAAGUACAUCGAACGGCUAGUGAUGAUAGAUAACGAAUGGCUUCCAAUAUCAGCACCCCUUAGCAUGUACAUAAGACCAAACCUGGUAGGAACAGAUGGUACUCUCGGCGUAGGAGAAACUGAAAAAGCCAUGUUAUACAUAAUCAUGUGCCCCGUUGGUCCAUAUUUCUCCAGCAAAUUUAAAUCCGUUCGACUUAUGGCUGACCCUAAUUUUACCAGAGCAUGGCCGGGUGGUAGUGGUGACAAGAAAAUGGGUGCUAAUUACGCAUCUACCAUAUACCCACAGAAAUUGGCGUUAGAAUAUGGAUGUCAUCAGUUACUAUGGCUGUAUGGCGAUGACAGACAAGUCACUGAAGCCGGAACUAUGAACGUUUUUAUGUUUUACAAAAAUCAAAAAGGGGAAAAAGUAUUGUGCACGCCUCCAUUGAACGGAUUAAUACUACCGGGUAUUACCAGACAAACUGUACUAGAAUUGACCAGACAAUGGGGAGAAUUCAUAGUAGAAGAAAGAAAUUUCACUAUGGACGAACUAAUCGAGCUUAAUGAAAAUAAAAGAUUACUUGAAGUAUUUGGAAGUGGUACAGCUGCUGUCAUUAGCCCUAUAUCCUCAAUUUUAUACGAAGGAAAGGACAUAAACUUGCUAACCAUGGAACAUUCAUCUUCUUUACAUGAAAGACUUUUCAAAACAAUAACAGACAUACAAUACGGCAUUAUAGAGCACCCGUGGGCAAAGAUGAUCAACGAUGAGCCGCAACUGUAUGAAAAACAAACAUACACCAAUUAUAUCCAACAACAACUUUAGUUGUUCCUUAAUUAAUCGAUUUUUUUUUUAUUUGUUAUAUUUUAUAAUAUAAUUGAAGUAUUUCAAUCAUUUUGUUGUUAUGUUAACUCAUUACUACUGUACAAUCGAGAUAUGAAAUAUUAAUCAAAUUACCGAGCGAUGAACAUCGACUUUGGGUAAUCAUUUUCUUUUUUUUUUAAUUUAAAUAUUUUAUGUCAACCUAAUUAUUUCUACUUGUAUAAUUUAUGAUAAAAUAAUGUUAUAUGUUUAUUUAUGACAAUAAAAACGUUUUCACACAGA